GUUGAGAGUCACAAAUGAUCCAGGACAUUUCCAGACUACCGGUGAAAAUUGUCAACCAAUUCUGUUCCAGGGUGGUCUGCAUCAAUGCUCGCUGGAGUUGAUCGGCCUCCAUUAUUUUUUCCUUUGUCGAUGGCUUCUGGUUACAACUUAGCUGUUGCCAGCAAUUGCUGGCAGCUUUCCACAAAUCCACUCAGACAAGGUCUUGAACCUGGUUCAUUCUGAAGCUUCAUGCAGCUCAGAUCUUGGCUGCACACGCACGCUUGCUUGCUUGAGCGCUCACGUGAUUCAAUGCAAGUCAGAUCUCAGAUCCAGAUUCCGAUCGCAGUUUUCUUGCUCGUUUGAAGAGCUUUCAGUUUUUCUGCUUCUCAAUAUCACGGCAUGCUGGAGGCAUGCAUGUGAUUGGUUAUCAUGCUGCCGGUGCAUCAAGUUCCCAUGUCGCUCUUGUACAAGGAAAAGAUGAUGCUCUGGAGGAGGAUCAGUUGGUCCUUCAUACCGAGUCCUUGGAGCACUCGAGGACGGAGUCCAUGCAGUCGGAGGAUCCCGUCUCCGACGAAGAGGCGGUGGUCCCGGUUGAUGUGCCUUAUGCCAAGUGCCGGUGGGACUUCUUUCUGAGUCAUAAGCAAUCCAACGCACAAGACGCUGUUCAGAACCUCCGCUUGGCGCUCUCCGAGAGGUUCUUAGGGGCCUCGUUCUGGUUGGACAUCGAACAGGAUCCCACGGUGAAGGGCAUGUGCCAUGGGGUCUCCAAUUCGCGGAACGUCUUGAUCUUUCUGACGGAGGGCAUCUCCGAUAGCAAGUUUUGCCAGAUGGAGAUGCGCUGGGCGCUGGAGGCGAACAGAAAUCUCAUUCUGGUCAUGGAGACCGACGACCGCCAUGGAAAGCCCAACAUGGAAGAACUGAUCCACAGGUGCCCUGAUGACUUGAAGGCCAUUUUCACUCAGAACGAGAUCAUCCCGUGGUUCCGGGACCCCGAGUUCCGCUUUGUGAGCGUCGACAAGAUCCUGAAGAGCUGCGCCGACGACCCCCGCAGGAACGCCUCGAAUCGGAAGGCCGCCAAGCCGCUGGUGUACGGCAAGGGCGGCGACAGCGAGGAGGGCGCGGAGGUCUUCGACCGGAGCUUCGUGAUUUUCACCGCCAUGUGUGGUGUGGCUUUGCCUGGAGCUGGGCCCAAGACGAAGUGUUGGGCGGUGGCGGUGCGAAUCAUCCUGCUGACCUGCGGCAUGAUGUGCUGCAGUCGGCUGCUGACGCCUGAAGGGCCUGCCUUCUUGGACUACUUGACGAUCAUCCAAAUUGUCGCGGCCCAUCCGAUGAUCUUUCUCCUCCUGCACGUGAUGUUGGUCCUGCUCCGCUCGGACCUCAUCGCUGAUCUGCUGGAGAACCACAUCGACUGCCCCAGCGAGGGGAAGAAGCUGCGCUUUAAGACCAAGCUCCUCACAGGUUUGGUAGCGCUGCUGACGACCACCUUGUCAUUGUGGGGCUGGGUAGGUUACCUGCCCGGAUUUUUCCAUCCCUACUAUCUCACCAGCGGGAAUGGCUUGGUGGUCUAUGGCAUUGCUCAUGGUCUCACCUGGAUCCUCAUUUUGCCCAUUUUCUUCGGCAGCUUCUUUGCCGCGCUCAUGAUCAUGUUUACCCUGCAGGAACUCUGCAACAUGGCGCUCUUGACGGCUUACAAUGAGCUGAACUCUGAACUGGAGCAUGAAGGCUUGGAGGCGGUGGUGAAGCGAGGCGAUGGCAUCAACGUCACUGACCAUGACUUGUAUCGCUUUGAGGUGAAGUACGCGAAAAGCUGGGAGUUGUACAAGAAAAUCCAGAGUCACACGGCCAUGCCCCUCUUUGUGUUCUGGUUCAUCGAGCUGGGCCUCGUGAUUUGGUCGGUGUGGAGCAUGGCUCAAGGUGCUCAGUCUGAUGUGAAUGAUUGGCGAGUUCCGCACUUGAAGAGUUAUUGGAAUCUCGUGGUGCGGCUGAGCUGGUUCGUCGGAGGUAGCCCCUGGUUCGGUGCCGGCUGCUGGAUCACCGCACUCCUCCCAUGGGGGAGCAUCUACUAUGCUUGGAGAAUGAACAAUCUCAGCAAGCGCUUGAUCUUCAAGAAUCCCACCACCAGGCACGCCUUCCGGUCUUUUCUGGCGGAGUUUGCCUUGGAGUUCCGUGUAAGCUUUCUCCAGGCGACGCCCAAAGGUCUCUUACUCUUCGUGCCAAUUUUGGUGGUCAACACCUUGGGCUUCGUCUUCGAUGCCUUACGGCUCUUCAACUCCAUAUGAGGUGCGUGCAGGUGGGCUGCUCCCGCUGAGAUGAUGUGGCCGAAUUCGCGCAGCUUGCUGUGGGCUCGGCUCGCAGUAGAUUUGUGAGAGGCUUCCUUAGUACGAAGAAUAUGAAUAUGAAAC